AUGCCCGAGCUAGUCGAAGCUCCGGUUUGGCUUGAACUCCGAGGAGUCCCACCCCAUUUCUUUAAUCAAGAAUCUCUUGAGCAUGUGGCAGGUCUUGUAGGAGACCCCCUAUAUCUUCACCCUGCAACAGCAAAUAUGACGAAUUUGGAUGUUGCCAAAGUUUUCACUGUUGUAAACCUCACUAAGCCGCUCCCUGAAGCGGUUAACGCUCGGUUUCAAUCAGGUGAAAUUGUGAGGGUGGGGGUUUCCUGUCCUUGGUUACCACCUAAUUGCUCUUUCUGCAAAGAAACAGGCCAUACAAUCAAGAGAUGCCCAACCGCGCCAAUUACAUGUAUUAGUUGUAAAACUACUACACAUGAUACAGCUGAUUGUCCGAGAGCCAAAAAAUCAGCCACGCAUGAAGAGCCACUGGUGGGGGACGGUGGGGUAAACUCUGAGCUUAAAAAGAAACGAAAGAAGAAGAAGAAAGUUACCAAGACGGAGAAGAUGAAGAAACCUACUACACCAAUACCAGACCCGAAAGACUACUUGGCCGACCCUGUGGAAUCAACUCUAAAGAAGAGUAAGAAGCGUAUUUCAAAAAAGAAUGGGAAGGCAGUGAUCUCUUCCUCUGGAUCUGAACUAAGCUCCUCUUCCUCAGAGUCUGGAGGAUCGGAGCACCAACAUGAGUCAUCAUCUUCAGAAUCAGCGACUGAUGAGGAGAGUGAUCCAUGUGACUCUACUCCGGUGGUGACUGAGUUCACUAAAGUGCUGACGAAAAGUCAGAAGCGGAAAUUGAAAAAGCGUAUGGGGAAGCACCCCCACCUCAACCCUAUAUAG